AAACCAAUAAAGGUUUUCUUCCUUUCUAUUGUGCUCCUAAUGACUUUAGAAUUCAAUCCUGGAAACUAUGCCAUUCAACUUGGAAGAACCGUUUUAGAUAAAACUAAUCAUAAUUAUUAUACCCUUCGAUUCAAUUCCAAAUUAGACCCUUCUUUACCUUCUAGAAAAGCAAAUUUACGACAAGAAAAGGACGCGUACUUUGCUGAUUGGUUUUUGGAUGACAAUGUCAUGUCAUAUGAAGGAGCACAGGGCAAUAUGCAAGAAAUGGAAUGUUUGUUAAUAUUUGAUGAAGAAACACAGACAUUUACUUUAGAACGUCCUACAGCAAAAAUGACUAUGAAAAAGGUCCGUAAGAAGAAACCUACUCCUUCCAAAGAUCUUAGUAAAUCGUCAACUACAAAAUCAACAACUGUACAACAACCCUCAACAACAAAAAAAAAUUGGUUAUCCAACAAUAAUGAUGAACAACAACCAUCUCCUAUAUCAUUAGCUUUACCUCCUCAACAAAAAGAUACCCCAACAACACCACCAUCUAUCAACAAUGACAAUAAUGAUUCUUUUGAUGUAGACAUUUUACGUGAUAUGGAUGAAAUUCUCAAUAGCAAUGAUGAUGAUGACGACGACGACGAUGAUGAUGAUGAAGAAGAAUUUGAAACUAUCACUUCACCUCAUUUAUCUACUGAUGCCAUUAAUAAAGUGAAUCCACCUUCCAAUUCACCACAACCUAUCAUGCAACAACAACAACAACAAACAACAAAACGUAGACGACCUCCCUUAAAGAUGGCUUCUGUACCUAUUCGAAGAUUGGAUGCAUCUCCACCUACUCCAGCCCCUGGUACAUCCUCAUUACCACAAGCAAACAAACGUCCAAGAAUAGGUGGCAAGACAACUUCUGCUGCAACCUUGGCAGCCAGACGAAAAGCAGCUUCGGCCAUUCGAUCUGAAUCCUCCUCUGAUAGUUCCUCAUCUUCAGGAUCUGAAAGUUCAAGUGAUGAUAGUGGAUCCAGUUCUAGUGACAGUGAUGAUGACGAUGAUGAUAUGGAUUUAUUGGCUGAAAAUAUUUCUCGUGGAUUAUCUGAAGAUGACAUUCAUGCUUCUCCUCUUACUCGAUUGGAAACAACUCCUAUGCGACAAUCUCCUCAUCAACAACCUAUGUCUACACCUCAUCGUGGUACUGCUGGUCCAACUUCUCUUCGUGAUUUAUUAGAUGGUGAUCAACGGGAUGACGAUGAUGUUUCAAGUUCUGGUAGCAGUAGUGAUGAUGACAGUUGAAAGGGGAAUUUGAUGAUGGCAUCCUUAUUUUAUUUAUUUAUUAUGAUUCGCUUUUUUUUUUUUUUGAUACC